AUGACUGCUGAGUUUCUUAUUCUACAGAAAAUUACGCCUGAACUGCCGUUGCACAACGUUAUGGUCGAUCAGUGGCAAAUUCCUUCAAAUCUGUUCUUAGCAGAUCCACAGUUUCACAAACGGGCCCCCAUCGAUAUGAUUCUUGGAAUCGAGCAUUUCUUUUCAUUUUUUAAAACGGCAAACCGAAUUCAGCUACCGAAACCUCUUCCCAUGUUGAUUGACAGCGUGUUUGGUUGGAUUGUGACUGGCUCAAUCAACAAAAUCAAUUUUUCAGAGCAGAAUUCGCCGUGCAGCAUUGUGGCAGUAUCUUUAUUCACCCUAGAAGAUAGUAUUGAACGAUUCUGGAAGAUUGAGGAAUUGCAAAUGCGGUCCGAUUAUUCAUUAGAAGAAAAGCAGUGUGAAGAACUAUUUUCAUCUACUACAGAAAGAACACCCAAUGGACGCUAUAUAGUACGUCAGCCCCGUCGCUCUAAAUUCGAUGAAUUGGUCGGAGAUUCAAAAUCCAUGGCACGUCAACGAUUCAAUCUAUUGGAAAGGAGAAUAGAACUUAACCCCGAGCUAAAGGAAGAGUACCAUACGUUUAUGGCAGAAUACCUCUCCCUCGAACACAUGCGGCUUGUUCGAGGGGACGACAGGCAACCGCCUAAAGCAUGUUACCUCCCACAUCAUCCGGUCGUCAAAGAAACCAGCACAACGACCAAAGUACGCGUGGUUUUCGACGCGUCGGCCAAGACCUCCACAGGCUCGUCUCUUAAUGAAGCACUGUUAGUAGGUCCUGUGGUGCAGGAUGACCUCCUAUCAAUAAUCCUUCGGUUUCGAACAUAUCCAGUGGCAUUGGUGGGCGAUAUCGCCAAAAUGUAUCGACAAAUACUACUUCAUCCGGAUGACACACCAUACCAGAGAAUUUUAUGGCGAUUUAAUUCUAUGGAACCUGUCGAAACGUACGAGUUGAUGACGGUCACGUACGGCUUAGCUCCAUCCUCGUUUCUUGCUACGCGCACCCUCAAGCAAUUGGCUGCCGAUGAAGGCAACGCAUACCCGCUUGGAAAGGCAGCUCUUCAAAAGAGCUUCUACGUGGACGAUUUCAUUGGCGGUGCCGAAUCAGUCGCUGAAGCUAUCCAAUUAAGGACGGAAUUGAGUGAGCUGUUAGCCAAGGGUGGCUUUCCGCUACGGAAGUGGACCUCCAAUCAAUUGUCGGUUCUCAAAGGUUUGUCAUCAGAAGAAAUAGGCACCCAGUCAUCGAUAAAAUUUGAUACCAACGAAACGGUCAAGGCACUUGGUAUCUCGUAG